AUGUCUUCGUACCGCGAUGUUUUGAGGUACGAGCCCACGGCGCCUGCAGUACCAGAGCAAGAGGCGAAAGAGGACUGGCCAACCUGGGUGAAGCCUGGCCGUAGCUUCGGAGUGCUGACUUGCAUUGCACAAUUGGCGUUCCUGGCAGUCUUCUACAAGGGUCGCUUGGGCAGCGGAGUGCUGCCGUCUGGCAUGGACUCCGCAGAGUACAGCUGCUACAUCGGCGUGACGUUGAUGAUGUUUGUGGGCUUUGGCUACUUGAAGACCUUCCUGAAGGCGUAUGGGCUUGGAGCGGUCGGAUUUACGAUGCUGAUAGCCUGCUUGGGCCUGCAGUGGGCCAUGAUCUUGGAGUGCUUCGUGCGCCAGACUGAGCUGAUCCUGGACUUUCAUUUUCUGCUCAAUGGGAACAUGGCAGUUGCCGCGGUUCUGGUGUCCUUUGGCGCUCUCAUCGGUCGGAUAAGUCCAACUCAGAUAGUGAUGCUGGUGCUGAUGGAGCUGCCAUGCCACAUCAUCAACAAGGUCCUAGUGCUGCAUCAGUUCGACGCACAGCCGAAUGUCCACGACGAGGGCGGCACGAUUAUGGUACAUGUAUUUGGCUGCUACUUUGGUCUUGCGGCCAGUGUGGCUCUUGGCCCCGCCGCCAAGGAAGCGCUUCGAAGUAGCUGCUACCAGUCUGACGUCUUCUCUCUGAUUGGCACCGUUUUCCUGUGGAUGUUUUGGCCGACCUUCGUGGCUGCCGGGCAGGUGACACCUGUCAAGCAGAGCAAGGCCAUGGUCAACACGGUGUUGGCUCUCCUGACAUCGACGGUCACCACCUUUGGCGUGACGCAGAUACUAGAGGACGGGAAGAUUGGCACUCAGGCCAUACAAAACGCCACGCUUGCCGGAGGUGUGAUCAUUGGUGCUACAGCAUGCGUCAUUGGACCGUUCGGGGCCGGAUUGCUGGGCAUGGUGGCUGGAGCUGUGUCUACUUUUGCUUUCAUCCGGCUGGACUGGUUCCGCAAGGUUGACACAUGCGGUGUGCACAGUCUCCAUGGGGUGCCGGGGCUGCUGGGCGGCGUGUUCUCAAUACUGGCUCCGGCAUUCUAUAGCAACACAAACAUUGUUCCAUGGGACCAGUUUAUUGGCCUGGCAGCAACGUUGCUCCUGGCCGGCUCAUCUGGUUUCCUAUGCGGCCUUGCGCUGAAGGCGGUCGAGUACCUCCACGACGACAAAGAGCUGCAGAGAGUAGCAGAAGAACUGGGGCUUGAGGCGAGCGACCUGCGGCUGGAGCAUUACAGCGAUGCAGCCUACUGGCGCAAUGCUGACGCACAGCCAAAUAUGCCGCUGGUAGAGCUUGGCGCCAUCGACUACAGAUUGGUGGACGAGGUGGUUGAUCCGAUCGACACUACUCAGCCAUUUAGCGAGGAGCUGGUGAGAAUUCCCGGGUGCUUCUUGUGCUACACACCGCCAACUCGAAUACCGGAGGUGGAGGCGCUGCCUGCACUCCGUGGAUAUGUGACCUUUGGCAGUUUCAGCUGCUUGGCAAAGGUGGGUGAGCCAGUUGUGGCCUUGUGGGCGCGAUGCCUGCACGAGGUGCCGAACAGCAGGCUGCUGGUGAAGAACAAGGGUUUCUACUCCCCAGAUGUCCAGGCCACCUUCAUUGCAAAGUUCAAGGCGUACGGCAUUCCCGAGCAUCGGCUGAAGCUCAUGGCUUUGGCGCCGACGUCCUACGAGCACUUGAACAUCUACAACGAGGUGGACAUUGCGCUUGACACCUUCCCAUACUCCAACACCACCACCACCUGCGAGUCUUUGCUCAUGGGAGUGCCAGCGGUGUGUUUGGUGGGCAGCACCCAUGGGUCCAGAGUGUGCUACACAUUGCUCAGCGCAAUUGGCUUGGCUGAGUUUGCAGCUCAGACCCAGGAAGCUUACGUCACCAAGGUCAAAGGCCUCUGCAGCAAUCUUCAGACCCUGGCCAUGCUGCGGAAGAAUCUGCGGCAGAUUAUGCUGUCCUCUGCCCUCUGCGACGGAUCUGGCUUUGUGCGGGACAAGUUCGAGCCCAUCCUCCGCGAGAAGUGGCUUGCGUACUGCAAUGGGCGACAGCCAUCGCAGCAGGUCUUCAGUGGCAACGGGGCGCCCGAUCCUUUGGCGCCCGGCCCGUUCGCAGCUCCGCUGGCACCUGGCCAGCACUUUGUGCAGCCGGCGCAAACUGCCCCUCAGGCGGGCAUGGCAGUGGCAGCAGCAACCAGCAACAUGCUGGGCGCUCCGGUGGCCCCCUCAGCCGCCAUGCCGCUCAUAGGCUGCACGCUGCCUCCCCAGGUGGCCUUUUGCGGUGGCUCCACUCCGCUGAUGCAAGCAGCAGUGCUCCCUCAUGCAGAUGUCCCACAGCCAAUGUCGCCUGAUGCACGCUCAGCUUGGCAAGUGGCACCUGCCUUUCCGAUUUGUGCGCAGCUUCCAGGCCAAGGCACUCCUCGUCACCGACGGCAACGCAACAAUCGCAUUCAUCACCCGGCACGACGAGCAUGA